ACCGGCGCCUUCCAGCUAACCAGACGUCUCUGCGUGCCUAUUCAUCCUGAACGCGGCGUAAAUUUUUAAUUCCCGAACAAAAACGAAGGCGUAAAACCGAAACUUGGUUCGAAUCGAAUUGUUUUCGGUAAUUCGUGGAGUGAUGUGUAACGAAUGAAUGGUAACCACAAAUGUGAACAUUUUAACAAGAUUGUUUGGUUGUGGUGAAUAAGUUUUUUGAAGUGAACGCGUGUAGGGACGUUUGGGCGGUCGUGCUGAAAAUUUUUUCGAGAGAAGCGGUAUGGCAUGAGCGGUGGGGUGGGCGCGACAUGCGGCGCGCGCCGCCCGCGCAACCCGCCGCCGUCGCACUCGCGCUCUCGCUGCUGUUGCGCCUCGUGAACGCCGGAUCAAUGGGCCCCGGAGUGCCCGAGAAUAUAACCGUGACCUUCUUGAACCCCACCACGGUGAGGGUGUCCUGGUCCACCACGGCGGACCUGGUGGAGAAGUAUGACGUCACAUACAAGCCUUCGGACGCGAGUUACAGAGUUGUGCUGGAGGUGGCUGGCAACUCGGAUGCGGUUAUACUGAGCGGGCUGGAAGCUGAUACGCAGUACCAAGUGACUGUCGCCGCGCUGUGGGGCGGUCAUAAGUACAGGAGUAGACCUAUUGUCUUCCGCACACUGGAGCCCCCUCGGACUUCGCCCCAGCAAGACGGAGGCCUGGCGGGAGCUACGCCCCGGUCGUCUGUCUCACCCCCCGAUCCUUCACCGACAUUUCCAACGAUACGAGGCGUGGAGAUUGGCAUAGUAGUGUUAGUGCUAAUCGUGUGGAUCGGGGCCAUAGCACUGUUCUUCAACAGAUGGGGGAAGAUCAGGAUGCUGCUACCGUACCAGCCAGAUUACAAACAGGAACAGUUGAAGGUGCCAGGAAGCAGUGCAUUAGCAGCUGCAGCGGCAGGAGGUACUUGCGGGGCUCAUUCGGCCCCAUCAGCGUGCUCGGUAAAUCAUAUGCGAUGGUCGCACACACACACACAAAGCUUGGAGUGUGAGGAGCGAUUAUUGGCUCGUUGCAGCCGUCCUCGGGUGAAUUCGGCAAUCUUCGUAUCAGCCGAGCCUGCGGGAGGUUUCCCAGGGUUUGAUGCUGGCGAAUUUCUGAGGCGACACGGCUCUCAAUCCAAACUUUGUCGCAAAGCCAGAUCGGCCGACAACAUACCUUUAACAGCACUGAGUGACUCGUCAGAGCGGCUGUGUAAAGGGAAACACCCCAGAGAGGACACUAUCAAUGAAGAAGCUAAAUCAGAUGACAGCGUCAGUGGCAGUGUCGAGACUGUCAAACAUUUCGGUCUACCCAUCCUCUCAGUCUCUGGCCCGUCCCCCCCAGAUGAAGACUACGACCAGAUAGAUGAGUAUCUGUAGCAUUUCCAUACCAGUUUCCAGCUCAAAUAUGUGCUGGAAAAGGUGAGGCCGCCAUGGCCCAGCCCCGCACAAAGUCCCUAAGCUGAUGACUAGGAUAGCAUCGCACUGCACUGGACUAUAAACUUUUCCCCUUUGUGAUAGUGUGUGUUUUUGAAUGGCUGGUUCAGUCCUUCAGCGUCACAACGAAUUUCAAAGACUUUCCGCUGAAGUUCUUCUGUGUGUCUUGUUGAGGGACCAUAGCUUAGCGUGGUGUGUUUUCAUUGAUCCUAACAUUGAUAUUUUUGUAUUUAAUCUCAUGUGUCUAUUGAGUGUUAAGAAAUCGCGAUUAGACUUUUAAUUCACCUUGAUAGUUUAAGGACUGCACAAUAACUUUACUAAUAAUAACAGUGCCACUUUUAACUUUAUUGGAAGUGUCUAUAUACUUAUCGUAAGCAAUCUUGUUGUAAGUAUUGUCUAAAUUAUGAUGUAUAAAAUAAUAAUCUGCAGUGUCUUAGACUUUUUCAUUUAAUUUAGUUGCUAGUUCACUGUGAGUGUAAUAAUAUGCAUAAAACUUUGUAUUGCAUGUAGGUAUCUAGUGUAAUAAUGUAGCGGUAGAAUCUAUGAAAUGAUUUGAAGGUUGAACUUUGGUCCAAUGAAAUGUAUUACCUGCACAUGGUGUUUUAGAGAGUAAGAUUGUAUUGGUAAGGGGAUUUGUGUGAUGGGAAGUUACUAUAGCAGAGUUAUGAAUACUUAAUAUAAAUGUGUGUAAAGUAUAUCAUGUAUUUAGUCUUUUAUAUUUUUUAAUCCCUCUACUCCGCCCAAGCUUUCUGUUUCCAAAAAUAUGAUACAAAUCUAAGGUAUAUAGCUCAAAACAAGAAUUCUUAUUUUCAGACCCAUUUUGGAUUCGAAUCAAAAGCCCGAAAUAUAUUUUUAAAAUGUCAAUUAUAUAUCUCGACAAAAAUGCACCUAUUUUGUUAGCUUUAAUCCAGAUUUCUGUAAAUAAUUAGGCGUAAUGAAGGCACUAAUAAAAAAUCUAUAAAAUUAGUCUGUAUUGUACUUAAUUAACUGUUUAUUUUCUAUAUGUAUGAAUCUGUACUGGUGAUUGGGGACCAGAAGGACAGAAAAUGUCACGGUAGGCCUUAAAUCCAAAUCACGGAGUUUUUCCAAUUCCUAUUGAAUGAAAUAUUUGAAAUAUUAAUACCUAUUUCAAAGCUAAGACUAUAUUAUUCCCUCCACUAUUUAUAGAUUUAUCCUUCAUCAAUUUUUAAUAGUAGUGUGUCGCACAUAUUGUAUUAGUAAGUUCAUUUUAUUUUAAUACUCGAUGAAUAUGUAAAACUACCAUUUCUAAAAUAUGUCCCUAUGAAUGCGACUUACUGUAUCAAUCAUAUACUCGUAUGUAGGUACAUCCCAUUCUUAGAUUUCAAUAUUAAUUUCAUUACAAUAGAAAAUCAUAUCACAAACCCUUCCGACAGACAGUAAAUAAUAAUAAUCGUAUUUAUUAGAAAAUAACAUAAUUAUAGUCGUCAAUUUUAAUCCCAAAUCGUAGUUCUUACACGUGAAUAAAAAGUUUUGAUCGAUAGAUUACGUAGACUAUUCUAGAAAACUGUACAGAGCUUAAUUUUAAUUUUGUUUCUAUGAGUCAAUAUGUAGGAUAUCUUAAGGAUAACGCAUGUUUUAUAUUCGUAAAAGAAUAAAUAAAUAGAAAAUAUGGAAAAAUCUAGGCUUAU